AUUUACCUUGCAAUGGGCAACCAGUGGAGCUACGCGUUUGUGCUGCUGACGGUCGUGAUGCGCGCUGUGCUUGGCGCCACGUACGAUGUCGUCGUCAUUGGCAGCGGUCCUGGCGGCCUCGUUGCCGCCGAGUACCUCAGCCGCAACGCUGGCAUCUCGGUGCUCGUCCUCGAAGCCGGUGGGCCGUCACUCGCCGUCACGGGCGGCAAGGACGUCCCAGCGUAUGCCCAGGGCCAAGGUCUCACGCGCUUCGACAUUCCUGGCGAGUACACCAACUUGGCCUUCCAGCGCGACGCCAAGUACCGCAUGGGCAAGGAUUGGAUUGCGUCGCCGGGGUCGCUUUGGCUCGGCAAGGUCAUCGGUGGCAGCUCGUCGCUCAACGGCAUGCUCUACUUCCACACACCCGACUCGUACGUGACGGAAGCGUCGUGGCCCUACGCGGCGUCGUCGGUGCACCAAGGCUUUGCGGCCAUCGAAAAGGUCUUUGGCUGGACGGAUCUUCCUUCCGUUGAUGGCAAGCGAUAUGCGCAAGAGGCGUACCGCGUCCUCACCGACGUUCUCACGAGCGCCGGGUACAAGGAGGCGACAGCCAUGAACGCCGACGCGUGGCGCAACAAGAAGCACCAGACCUUUGGCCACCCGCCGUUCACGAUUCAGAACGGUCUGCGGAACUCGCCGGCCAAGACGUUCCUCGGUGCCGCCAAGACCCGACCCAACUUUAAGCUCAUUUCGUCGGCGACGGCCUCGUACAUCAUCCAGUCCAAGGACGGUGACAGUCAACCUCUCGCCGCGGGGGGUGUCGUCGUGGCGGGCUCGGCGGUCAUGACGCCCAAGAUCCUCAUGCAGUCGGGUGUCGGUCCCAAGGCGCAGCUCGAGUUGCUCAAGAACAAUGGCACCUUUGCCGGUGUGAGCAAGGAUCCAACCAAGUGGGUCCUCAACGAGAACGUUGGGAGCAGCAUCUUUGACACGCACCAGCUGCUCAUGACGUUCUCGCGCAAGGACAUGGUGGCCUUCCAGCAGUCGCAGAGUCCCGCAGACGUUACGAAACAGUACCUCCUCGGAAACCACUCGGGGCCCUGGGCGCAGUCGCCGCCUGUCUUGAUCGGGUAUGAAAACUACCAAGUGGGUGGCCGCAUGUACCAGUUCCAAGUCACAACGUUCACGCACGGCUUUGCGCCGGGCGAUGGCGCCAAGCAUAUCGGCGUCGCGAUCUACCUCAACAACCCGAUCUCGCGCGACAGCGGCCGGUUUGACAAGGACGGCCUCUAUCGCAUCAACACGGCCCACAGCAUGUACAGCGACCCGCGCGACCGCGCGGCGCUCAUCAGCUUCGUCGACAAGUUUCGCAAGAUGAUGGCGGCCAAGGGCGCGGCGGCCGUCGUGCCAUCCGCGGGCGUCUCGUCGACCGACUUUGUCAACAAUAAGGUCGAGGGCGCCAACCACUACGGCGGCAGCUGCUACACGUCGGGCGACAAGUCGGACUCGAAGCGCUGCGCGGACGAGACCUUUCGAGUUGUCGGUGCCAAGAACAUUUUCGUUGGCGACGGCAGCUUAAUGAAGGAGGGCACGGUCAACCCGUACGGCUUCAUCAUGUACUCGGGAUACCAAGCCGGUGUCAACGUCCAAGCUUCCGUCUUGUCGGGCCCCAAGCCCCAUGGAAAGAACAUGCCGCACAUGCGCCUGCCCCGUACGUUUGAGGCAAUGGACGACAAUGACACUGCGGCCUAACUUUUUAGAGGGAUUUAUCACCAUGA